AUGGGGGCCCUUGCUUCCUGCAGCAAGUCGACAGUGUGGCUAGUGCAGCAGCAGCAGCAGCAAGAGCAGCAGCAGCAGCAGCAAGAGCAGCAGCAGCAGCAGCAAGAGCAGCAGCAGCAGCAGCAAGAGCAGCAGCAGCAGCGGGGCGCCGACGACGCCGACACUUCCAGCAGCGCUGGUCCUAACACCUGCAGCAGCAGCAGCAGCAGCAGCAGCAGCAGCAGCAGCAGCAGCAACAGCAGCAGCAGCAGCAGCAGCAGCUACUUUGCACUGAAGGAAGUCCCCCUCAGCUCGAUAAAAUCGGCGAAGCAGGCGGAGCAUCUUUGGGGGGAAAGAAAGUGUUUGGAGGCCCUCAAGCUAAACCCUAAUUUGCAGCACAGAUGCCACACCCUGGAGGAAAGCUUCAGGGAAGGAGCUUUUCUUUACUUCGUUUUCAGUCUUGUUGAUGGGGGGCCCCUUUAUAAGCACAUAAGACUAGGGGGGGCCCUAAGUCUGGAGCGGGCCCGGUGGUACGCUGCAGAGAUAACUGUCACCCUCGAACACCUGCAUGCAGCGGGCUGGGCCCACAGAGACCUCCAAGCCUCUAAUGUCAUUUUGGAUUCUGGGGGCCGCCCCAAGCCCCGCGCGUUUUCCUUCUGUGGAACAGUUCACUCUAUGGCCCCUGAGGUGGCAGCCAAAGGCUCUGGGGGCCCCCCAGCAACUGGGGCCCCCCAAGGGGGCCCCCAAGGGGGCCCCCAAGGGGGCCCCCAAGGGGCCCCCCAAGGGGGCCCCCAAGGGGCCCCCCAAGGGGUCCCCCAAGGGAACUCCCCAGGGGGGCCCCCAGAGGGGCCCCCAGAGGGGCCCCCAAGGGGGCCCCCAGGGGGGCCCCCAGAGGGGCCCCCAGGGGGGCCCCCAAAAGGGUCAAGUUUGAAUUCUUGUAAGGAACCCUCUGGGGGCCCCUCUGGGGGCCCCCUUGGGGGCCCCUCUGGGGCCCCCUCUGCUUGUGGGGGCCCCUCUGUUUCUGGGGGCCCCCCUGAGGACCCUUCUGACGGGUAUAUGGGGGCCCCUGUUGAUUGGUGGGGCUUGGGGGUGCUGCUCUACGAAUGCCUCACUGGCUCUGCACCCUUUGGCUACAAAGAUUAUGAAAAAGACCCUUCGUUGCGUGUGAGCGAAUUGGCUGCGCGGUCUCCUGCGUCGCUUAAAUUCCCUAAAGGAUUUCCCAGGGAUGCAAAGAACAUAAUUAAGGAGCUGCUGCAGGCAGACCCUGCAGUUCGACUGGGUACCAAGGGCGGAGCAGCAGAAGUGAAGGCCCAUCCCUUCUUCUCAGGAAUCCCCUGGGGGCCCCUGGGGGCCCCCCGGGGGGCCCUCAGCAAAGAAGCUGAGGGCAUUCUUCUUGCUGCAGUACCCCCAGCUGACAAGAGUUUGUUUGUUUUCCAAGACCAGGUCAGUGUGAGCAGCAGCAGCAGCAGCAGCAGCAGCAGCAGCAGCAACAGCAGCAGCAGUGCAGCAGCAGCAGAAGCAGCAGCAGGAGCAAUGGCAGCAGCAGCUGCAGUGACAGCAGCAGCAACAGCAGCAAUGGCAGCAGCAGCAGCAGCAGCAGCAGCAGCAACUCUGGCGCCCCAGAAGGCCUCUUCUGGCUUCGCUUUUGCGUCUCAAAUAAAUAAUUGGACCUUCUUUUCUUUAAUAAAUAACUUUAAACAAUUUUAA